CCAAAUCAUAAUUUUAUCUUUGUAUUUUCCUGAGGCAGAUGUGGGAGCAUGCAGCAUAUAUUCUGUUUAGCCUGGUUAUCUAUGCAGAAUCCCAGAGAAUGGACAGAUUAUGUUCCACAGACCCGCAGACUGCUCAGUAUUGUAUGGGAAUGGACACCUAUAAAUAUUUCUUCGACCAGCGCACAGGACAAUGCGUGUACAAAUUAGGAUGUGCCUUCUCAGGAUUUCCAACGAUGACACAGUGCAAAAAAGACUGUGUUUGUAGACAACCAAUAUCAGAGGGGUCACAAGUAGGUGGACCAAAUUGUGAGCAAGAGGUCAUGCGGUGGAUGGCAGUUGGGGAGGUUUGCGUUCAAAAGCCCUAUACUGGCUGUGGAGGGAACGGCAAUAAUUUUAUGACUCAGGGCGAAUGUCAAGCUGCGUGUAAUCCCAGAGAGAUAGAGUCGAUAAUAGGCUUCGAUUUCCCCUCCUUUAAUGAGAUGCCUUUUGCACUUCCACCGGGAUCUUUUGGUAGUGGUAUGGCGCAUCCAGGGACACCUGCAGGAGGAAUGUUUCCUGGCGGUCCUGGUAAUCAUGGUCCGGCACCAGGGAGACCGAAUAAGCCUGCCAAAAUGGGUAGGAAAAAACCUCCAUCGAAAGGCAAAGGUGGCAAUGGCAGGCGACCGAAAAGCAAUGCUGCUAAAGGCAAGCGACCACCCAAUCGACGACCCCCUCCUCCACCCCAGAGACGAAAUAAUCCGCCACCUCAAAAUGGACCCCAUAAUGGUAACUGGCCACCACAACCAAGAGGCGGUCCUCCACAUUCCAGUGGACAAUGGGGUUCACCAAACGGUGGAUGGCAUCCUCCACCAAAUGGACAACGACCCCCACCUGGACCUCAAAGGCCAUGGCGCCCCCAAGGCAAUGGACAAAGUAGACCUCCUCCUCCUCGGCGAAAUGGUCCACCACCUCCCUGGGCAAGAAAUAGGCAGCCUAAUACUGGACAACAACGACAAAAUGGUCCUAACUCGAAUUCUAACUUUCAAUCUCCUCCAAACGGCGGACAAUGGCAACCAAACAGUCCCAACUCUAAUACAAAUUUUCCUAACGGCGGACAACGACAACCAAAUGGUCCCAACUCAAACUUCCAGCCACCUCGUCAACCAAACUAUCCUCCAAGUCAGCCCAACUCCCAACAACCCAAAAAUCCCCAACGUCAACCAAACUCUCAACCACCACGUCAACCAAACUCUCAACCACCACGUCAACCAAACACUCAACCGCCGCGUCAACCUAACUCAGAACCAAAUAUGUCUCCAAAUGCACAACCUAACGCAGUAACUCAAACACCCCCUGGUACUUCACCAUUCCCUAAUUAUCCGUCAACCACGAUUGGUUGGAAUAAUCCAUUUUCAUUUUUUUACUACUAAUCUCAUUGCAGUGCAUAAUUGUGAUGUUAAUUGCUUUCAAUGAAAGUGAUCUCAAAACUGUGAACUUUGUGUUAAAUUUGAUACUGUUAAUGUAUAGCAUUCGAAGGGAAAACCAAGGUCUUCCCAUGAGAAUCUUAUUUUUUG